CGAACAAAUUUACAAACCCCACACACACACAAAAACGGAACACAAUGGAAGAAAGAGAUGACUCCGCUCUGAUUCGCCCCGUUUCGCUCUCUUCGCCUCCUCGUUCUCCUUGGUGUGAUUUUGGGUUCUUCCUAGGAUUACUGAGGAGGAUGGGGUGUUUCUUCGGAUGCUUUCGUGUUGAAGACGAUAAGCGAUCUCAUGUUCAUCUCGUUUCUGACAUAGUUCCAUCGAAGAAGAGAGAUUCUUUAUUCUCAAGAAAUAAACUAGGAUCUUUACUCCCAUCUGAAGAGAAAGAAUCUUCCCCUUGCAAGGAUACGGGAUGUCAUGCUUUAGGAUCUGCACUGCUUUAUGGAGAUGGUGACGUGAGGGAGCUCAGGGACGAGGUGACUCCUGAAAUUUUGAAAGCAUCUGAGAAAGUGAAAGAUUCACCACCCCGUGAUGGAGAGACAGAACCUUCCAGGUUCUACUCAUGGCUUCCCAUUUCUUCUCUCAAGAAAUUGCAAUUGGAGGAGCAACCUGAUCAGGCGUCUAUAUCCCCUGUUAAACUUUGUGAAGAUCUGGGAAAGGAACUGGGUUCUCUCGAGCACGAACCUAGCAGCUGUAUGUCCAAAGGAGAGCUGGAAGAGAAGAAUUGUACCAAUGAAGGUAGUGAGUUUGAGAGUCCUGACUCAGAAACUACAAAUCUUGUUCCUGGAAUUGGCAAUGAAAAUUUCUCCUCAGUGACUCCUGAGGCUGUGGCAGUAGAUAUUCAAUCCAAGAAGAAGAGUGUGCGCUUUGAAUGUGAGACAGAAGUGGAAUCGCUUACCUCAAAUGGCGAGAGUUUAAAGCAAUCUGAUGUCCCAGGUAGUCAUAAUGGAUCCAAUCAUUCUCCUUAUCCAACACCAUUAAGACUAACUGACGAGAUGCAGACUCCUGGAACCAUUUAUCCAAUAAGCCGAGGGAGCCUUGCAAAUGUGAAGAAUACUAGGAUCAGGUCCCAGUAUGUGUAUCCAGUUUUGAAUCCUGUUGAGAACUUCUCUCAGUGGAAGGUACUGAAGGAAGAAGAUGGUAAUACUUGCCUACAAGUUGGUCAACAAAGAGAAUCUAUUGACAAGUGUGGACCUGCAACUCCUCAGUGUACAUCUAUUUCUUUCUCCAAUAACUCAGAAAUGCUCCAUGAAGGUGCAGCUACAGUUGGCAAAGACUUGAAGCCGGAUGCAAGCUUGGUUCACUGGUUGAAGCCAUCACCAUCUCCAGAAAAUGACAGGAAACAAAAUAGUGGUGCUUGGUCUAUAUCUGGUGGAAAAUCUCCUAAAAUAUCAGAUGAGGACAGCAGGCCUAUUCUUGGGAUGGUUGCUGCACACUGGAAUGAUGAUGGGCUAUCUCAUGACUCACCUAAGUGGCAGGAUGGUAACGGAAUCCCAAAUUCAACUAGCAAAUACAAGGAGGAUCAAAGAGUCAACUGGCAUGCAACCCCGUUUGAGGAAAGGUUAGAGAAAGCAUUGUCAGAAGAGUGCAAUCUCUUUCAAAGGUAAGUCAUCUUUGUUCCCUU